UCCACGAGCGUCACGCUUUGACAAGUCAAGUCAAUCAUAUCUGGGGGCUGGAACUGAAUUACAAAACUCAACACUGUUUAUAAGUUGCAACCUUGAACCCACACUCCAGAAACGCGCAGAAUGAUUUUCAAGCGCAUCUUCCUCGCAGCAACGACAACCUCGUCUCGCCAUUUUUGUACCAACAAUGCAUUUCCCAACAGGGUAUCCCAUUACCUGCAACGAGCUAAACUUAUUGAUUCCAUUAGACUCGCAUUACGAUCCCCUUCACCAACUCCAGCUCUUCUUCGUCCACUCUUAAGCGAUCCAAAACUUGAUUCAUUCGUUGUAACUCACUCCCUUCGUUCUGCUCCUUCACCAGAUUCUGCACUCUCUCUUGCUGAAACCCUAAAUUCCAUUCCCAGUUUCUCACAUACACAAAGCACUCUUCAGGCAGUCACUAAAAUCCUCGCCAAAUCAAAACGGAUUUCUGAACUGCAGAAGCUUAUUGACGCCAUUAAUGAUGGAGCAUAUGGAGAUAUUGGUGGAGUUAGGUUUAUGGAUCAACUUCGAUUGAACGCCGUUGCUGGUGAUCUUGACUCAGCUCUUCGAGUCUGGAAUGAUUACAAACUCGUCCUCUCAAAGUCGAAGAAACAUCCUUGUGUUGAGUCGUAUAAUUUACUUAUGAGUCUUUAUAAGAAAAAUGGUUUGGAUUUGAAAGCUGUGGAGAUGUUCCGAAAGAUGAUUAGUCAAGGUAUAAACCCUAAUACAAGAACUUAUACUGUUGUAAUAGACCAGCUUGUGAGUUCUGGGAAAUUAGAAGCUGCAUUGGAGGUGUUUGAUAUAUUGCCUCGUAUGAGAAUUAAACGUACUUUGAAGCAAUAUUUGAUUUUGAGUGAAGGGUUCACAAAAACUGAACAAUUCGAGGUUAUUAAGUGGUUGCUUAAGGAGAUGAAAAAUGAUGGAAUUUUGCCUGGUCAUGCUAUGAGAAUGUCAUUGAAUUGUAUGCGUGAAGCUGGGUUUUUGGAGGAGACAGAGGAGUUUGUUAAGGAAUUGGUACCCGAUGAGAGAAUUGGAAAUGUUGAGUUUUUCGUAGAUAAUAGUGAUGAUGACGAUGAAGAUGGGGUUGAGGAUGAAAUUGAUGUGGAGAAUGAUGGAAGUGUGGAUGGGGUGAGAUUGAAGCCGUGGUUGGAUCCGAGUGCUUUGGCAAGUGCGUUGAGUGAUUGGAAUCCCAAUGAGGUGUCUGCGUUGGAAGAUGCCAAAUUCGUGUGGACGACGAGGUUAGUUUGUAAGCUUCUUAGGAGUUUUAAGAAAGCAGAUACAGCAUGGAAAUUCUUCUGGUGGGUUGCUGACCAGCCAGGUGAAUUCACUCAUGAUGUCUACACCAUAUCAAGGCUGAUUGCCAUUUUAGCACGCCAUGGGCAUGUUGAUUUGGUUAACGGACUCUUAUUCAAGGUCAAGCAAGAAGGAAUGCGUCUGUCCUUUAGCACUGUGAGAUUAAUGAUCGACUUCUAUGGCAUUUCGAAGAAAUCUAAUGCUGCUUUACAGGUUUUAGCUGAUAUUGAAUCGCUGACUGGCCCAGUUUCAAAAUUCAAUCUAAUGUUGCUGUAUUCAUCUUUGUUUAGGACGUUCAUUAAGUGUAAAAGGGGUUUGGAGGCCAUGGGUUUACUCGAAGAGAUGAUUUCAUCGGGGAUUCUGCCAGAUAUCCAGACUUUUACUGGAUUGAUCCAGCACUUCGCGUUAGAAGGGGAUUUGAGAACGGUUCAGAAGCUUUUUGGGAUGGCAAGACAGAGUGGAUUAGACCCAGAUACUGACAUGUUUAGAAUUGUUAUCCUUGCUUGCUGUAAGAACGGGGCAGCAACUUUGGCAUUGAGAGUUUUUGAAGACAUGAUGAGCAUCAAUUUAAUUCUUGAUGGUGCAACGAAGGCCUUACUUGUGAAAAGUCUUUGGAAAGAAGGAAAGCGGAGAGAGGCUGCUAUUGUACAAGAGAAAAAGGAGAAAACUAAUGAUAUCCAUCAGCUAGAAGGGCAUGUUUGGACUGUGAGUGCGGCUGAUUUAACCAGAUUAUACGAUAUAUAUUCCAGUGCUUUUACAACCAAUGGCAAUCAGACUUCUCGGCGGACUUGUGAAGCACCGUUAGACUUUUCACUAGAAGUUGAUGCAAAGCUAUAGCUCUCCGAGUUACCAGUUGAUAUCUCCCAACUCAAGGAGACAUCUAGAAAUCUUGCAAGAGAAUGAACAAUAUCAUCCAUGCUUGGCCGACCAUCUGGAUUCC